CGCCGCGCACCGGCCGGAGGGUCCUGGCAGCGGUGUAGUGAGGAAGUGGCUGUUUCCCUGCUGCAGGCUUCCUAGCCCCGCCGUUCACUUUGCGGCCGGCGGAGAGCCGUCUCCGAGGCGGUUUUCUGGAAACAUGCUUGCUCACCGGUCUUGAUCUGGAAGCGUAGCAAAGACUCCUCCUCCGAGAAUGUCAAGCUCGGGCUACCCUCCUAACCAGGGAGCGUUCAGCGCAGAGCAGGGCCGCUACCAGACCCACUCGGUCCAGUACACCUUCCCCGGCAGCCGGCUCCAACAGGAGUUUGCUGUCCCUGAUUUCCGAACGUCUCACUUGGAAGUCAGCCAGGCCAGCCAGCUUCUCCAGCAGCAGCAGCAGCAGCUCCGUCGACGGCCCUCCUUGCUUUCCGAAUUCCACCCGGGUUCCGACAGGCCUCAGGAAAGGAGGUCCGGCUACGAGCCACAGUACCACCCCGGCCCCUCGCAAGGCGACCAUGACUCGCUGGAGUCGAAGCGGCCGCGCCUGGACCAAGUCUCGGACUCCCAUUACCAGCGGGUCGGCGCUGCUUCGGUCCUGCCGCUGGUCCACCCGCUGCAGGAGGGGUUGCGGACAUCGGACCUAAAGAAGGAUCCCGCUUUUGGAGGCAAGCAUGAAGGGCCGCCCUCGCCACUCUCUGGCCAGGCGUGCGGGGAGGACCAGAAUGCCUCUCCGUCCAAACUGUCGAAGGAAGAGCUCAUCCAGAGCAUGGACCGGGUGGACCGGGAGAUCGCGAAAGUGGAGCAGCAGAUCCUCAAGCUGAAGAAGAAGCAACAACAACUCGAAGAAGAAGCCGCUAAGCCUCCGGAGCCGGAGAGGCCCGUCUCCCCUCCUCCCGUGGAACAGAAGCACCGCAGCAUCGUCCAGAUCAUUUAUGACGAGAAUCGGAAGAAAGCAGAGGAAGCUCAUAAGAUCUUAGAAGGCCUGGGCCCCAAAGUUGAACUGCCACUCUAUAACCAGCCAUCGGACACCAAGGUGUACCAUGAAAACAUCAAAACGAACCAAGUCAUGAGGAAGAAGCUGAUUUUGUUUUUUAAGAGAAGGAAUCAUGCCAGGAAACAAAGGGAACAGAAGAUCUGCCAGCGUUACGAUCAGCUCAUGGAAGCCUGGGAGAAAAAGGUGGACCGCAUAGAGAACAAUCCCCGCCGGAAGGCCAAGGAGACGAAGACCCGGGAGUACUACGAGAAGCAGUUCCCGGAAAUCCGGAAGCAGCGCGAGCAGCAGGAGCGCUUCCAGAGGGUUGGUCAGAGGGGGGCCGGUCUCUCAGCCACCAUUGCCCGGAGCGAACACGAAAUCUCGGAAAUCAUUGAUGGGCUCUCGGAACAGGAGAAUAAUGAGAAGCAAAUGCGCCAGCUCUCGGUCAUUCCUCCCAUGAUGUUCGACGCAGAGCAGAGACGCGUGAAGUUUAUUAACAUGAACGGACUGAUGGAGGACCCCAUGAAGGUGUACAAGGACAGGCAGUUCAUGAAUGUCUGGACGGACCACGAGAAGGAGAUCUUUAAAGAGAAGUUUGUCCAGCACCCCAAGAACUUUGGCCUGAUCGCUUCCUACUUGGAAAGAAAGAAUGUCCCCGACUGCGUCCUGUAUUACUACCUGACCAAGAAGAACGAGAACUACAAGGCCUUGGUGCGGAGGAACUACGGCAAGCGGCGGGGGAGAAACCAGCAACAGAUUGCGCGUCCUUCCCAAGAAGAAAAAGUCGAAGAAAAAAUAGAGGAGGAGAAGGCCGAGAGAGCUGAGAAAAAAGAGGAGGAAAAGAGAGAUGAAGAAGAAAAAGACGAAAAAGAAGAAUCGAAGGAGAACAUCAAGGAGAAGGAGAAGGUCGAAGUUGCCCCCGAGGAGCCUGAGGAGAGGGAGCAGGCCGCCCCCAGGGGACGCAAGACCGCUAACAGCCAAGGGCGGCGGAAGGGCCGGAUCACCCGGUCCAUGACCAACGAGGCCGCCGCCGCCAACGCCGCCGCCGCGGCCACCGAAGACCCGCCCCCUCCGCUGCCGCCCCCUCCGGAGCCAUCUUCGGCAGAGCCGGUGGAGACCUCCCGCUGGACCGAAGAAGAGAUGGAAGUUGCCAAGAAAGGGUUGGUGGAGCACGGACGCAACUGGGCAGCCAUCGCCAAGAUGGUGGGGACGAAGAGUGACGCUCAGUGCAAGAACUUCUACUUCAACUACAAAAGGAGGCACAAUCUCGACAGCCUUCUCCAGCAGUACAAGCAAAAAUCUUCUAGAAGGCCCCGCGAGGAGCGCGAAGUGUCCCAGUGCGAAAGCGUGGCGUCGACCGUCUCUGCUCAGGAGGACGAGGACAACGACGUCUCCAAUGAGGAAGAGAACCCAGAGGAUAGUGAAGGUGCCGAAAAUAGCUCGGAUACCGAGAGCGCUCCGUCGCCUUCCAUGGCAGAAGGGCCCAAGCCCUUGGAAGAUGCCCUGCCUGAGAACAGCGCCUUGCGGAGGAGCCCCGAGAUGGCCGCCGAGCAGGAAGCUGCCAUCCAAGCCGCCCCCAGCGCCUCCCCGCUCUCGGCGGCUCCCGGCGCCAGCCCGUCCGGGAAUGAGAGCCCCAAGCUGCAGGUGAAGGAGGAAGCGGCCACCGACGUGGAGGAGUCCAUGGAGGCGGAGAGCAGGAGCCAGCUGCCCGACACGAAGCCCGUGGUCAGCCUGCCCGCCCACCCCAAAGCGGAGCCCAUCGAGACGGAGGUCCGGCUCCCGCAGGACGUCCGGGUGAAGACCGAAGGCGGCGACGCCAAGGAGCGGGACCUGGACAAGCCCAAGGAGAAGCUGGAGCCCGAGGAGACGGACUUUGGCUUGGGCCCGCAGGCCAGCGGCGCCCCGAGGCUGGAGCCCAACUCGGACAACGAUUCGAGCGCCACCUGCAGCGCCGACGAGGAUGUUGACGGAGAGCCUGAGCGGCAGAGAAUCUUCACUAUGGAUUCCAAGCCUUCUCUGUUGAAUCCCACGGGGCCCCUGCUGGUCUCUUCGGCAGUCAAACAAGGGCAGAUGGAUCUCCAGCAGCUUCAGCACCGAGCGGCUGUCAUACCGCCCAUGGUAUGUCCUUGGUCACGCUCUUCCUUUCUUGUCCCCAAGGUCUCCUCCCCGCUGCAGGGGCUGCCCCAGGGCAUCCCCCUGAGCGGCUACACGCUCCUCCAGCAGCAGAUCAAGGCCAUGCACAAGUCGGCCAUGCUGGAGGACCAGCAGCGCCAGCGGCAAGAGCAGCUGGAGGUGGAUUGCCGGCGCUCCGCCAGCCCCUGCGGCCCCUCCAAGAGCCCCAGCAUCGAGUGGGACGGGAAGUCCAUGGCCUACAUACCUUACGCUGAAGUUAAACGCGCCAUGGAGCAGGAAGCCCAGAUGCAGAACGCAGGGGCGAGAUCUGCCUCGCCCUACCGCCUGUCUCCGAGGGAGGUCAGCAAGGCCUCUCCACAGCCGGAUAUGAAUGUUACUCGCUACAGCGUCCCGCCAGUUCUCCAGCCUGCUCCCCAUCAAGUCAUAACCAGCCUACCAGAGGGGGUCCGACCCCCCCCAACCCGGCCCACCCGACCGCCACCCCCGCUGAUCCCCUCCUCCAAGACGGUGGUGCCAUCGGAGAAGCCGUCCUUCAUCAUGGGAGGCUCCAUCUCACAGGGAACUCCUGGGACAUACUUCACCUCUCACAGUCAAGCCGCUUAUGGCCAAGAGGCGGCCAAGCCCUCCGGCUCCAUCUCGCUGGGCCUGCCCAGGCAACAGGACUCAGCCAAAUCAGCCUCCCUGCCCUAUAUCAAGCAAGAGGAAUUCUCGCCCCGAAGCCAGAACUCUCAGCCCGAGGGGCUCUUGGUCCGGGCCCAGCACGAAGGCGUGGUGCGAGGCACGGCCGCAGCCAUCCAAGAGGGUAGCAUCACGCGAGGGACGCCGACCAGCAAAGUCUCCGUCGACACGAUGCCUUCCCUGCGAGGCUCCAUCACGCAGGGCACACCAGCACUGUCGCAGUCCGGGAUCACAGCCGACCUCCUCCUGAAAGGCACCAUCACCCGCAUGGCCACGGAGGACGGCAGCCCCGAGAAGUGCCGAGAGGAGGCGGCCGCCUCCAAGGGCCACGUCAUCUACGAAGGCAAGAGCGGGCACAUCAUCACCUACGACACCAUUAAGAAUGUCCGGGAAGGAACCCGCAGUCCGAGGACCCCUCUUGAGAUGGGCCUGAAGAGGUCGUACGAUGCGAUGGAAGGAAACAUCAAGCAAGGGAUGUCGAUGAGGGAAUCUCCCGUCUCAGCCCCAUUAGAAGGGUUAAUCUGCCGCGCUCUACCACGGGGUAGCCCUCACUCUGACCUGAAGGAGAGAACUGUUUUGUCUGGCUCUAUAAUGCAAGGCACCCCCAGAGCUACAGCCGAGAGCUAUGAGGAAGGCCUCAAGUACGCGAAGCAGAUCAAGAUGGAGUCUUCUCCGUCGCGGACCUUCGAAGGUGCCAUCACCAAGGGCAAGCCCUACGACGGUGGGGUCACCACCAUCAAGGAGAUGGGGCGCUCCAUCCAUGAGAUCCCCCGGCAGGACCUGCUGGGUCAGGAGAGCUGCAAGACCCCCGAGAUGGUCCCCAACGCGCGGCCCAUCGUCGAGGGCUCCAUUUCUCAGGGCACCCCCAUAAAAUAUGAGAGCAGCGGGCAGUCGGCCAUCAAGCACAACGUCAAGUCCUUGAUCACCGGGCCGAGCAAGCUGCCCCGGGGGAUGCCGCCGCUGGAGAUGGUGGCGGAGACUGUGAAGGGGGUGGAGAGGGGGAAGUACGAGGACAGCAAGGCCGGGGAGAUCCGCUCCCGCCACACCUCAGUGGUCAGCUCCGGGCCCUCGGUCCUCCGGUCGACCCUCCACGAAGCGCCAAAAUCGCAAGUGAGCCCUGGGAUCUACGAAGAUGCCAGCGCCAGGAGGACGCCUGUGAACUACCAGAGCUUAUCCAGGAGUUCUCCGAUGAUGAAUCGGGUGGCCGAUGUGGGCAUCGCUUCUGGGAAGCCCGUGAACCAUGAGAGGAAAUCCACCCUCACGCCGACGCAGCGGGAGAGCGUGCCCGCCAAAUCUCCCGUGCCGGGGGUCGAUCCUGUUGUCGCCCACAGCCCCUUCGACCCCCACCACCGGGGCGCCACUCCAGAGGUCUACCGGAGCCACCUCCCUUCCCACCUGGACCCCGCCAUUCAGUUCCACCGGGCUCUGGACCCUGCGGCAGCCUACAUGUUCCAGAGGCAGCUCUCGCCCACCCCCGGCUACCCCAGCCAGUACCAGCUCUACGCCAUGGAGAACACCCGGCAAACCAUCCUCAACGACUACAUCACCUCCCAGCAGAUGCAAGUCAGCCUGCGGCCCGACCUCGCCAGGGGCCUCUCCCCCCGGGAGCAGACGCUGGCCCUCCCCUACGCCGGAGCAAGAGGCAUCAUUGACCUGAACAGCAUGGCCCCGACCAUCUUGGUGCCCCACCCCAGUGGAACCAGCACCCCGCCAAUGGAGAGGAUCACGUACAUCCCUGGGACUCAGCUUGCUUUCCCCACCAGGCCUUACAACCCUCCCUCCAUGUCCCCAGGCCACCCUUCCCACCUGGCGGCUUCUGCUGUCGCCAAUGCCGAGAGGGAGCGCGAGCGCGAGAAGGAACGGGAGAGGGAGCGCGAGCGGGAGAGGAUCGCCGCCGUGCCCUCCGAGCUCUACCUCCGCCCAGGUGCUGAACAGCCGGGCAGGCCCGGGAGCCACGGCUACGUCCGCUCGCCUUCCCCCUCGGUCCGGAGCCAGGAGACCAUCUUGCAGCAGCGGCCCAGCAUCUUCCAGGGAUCCAACGGGACGAGCGUGAUCACCCCGCUGGACCCGGCUGCCCAGCUGCGCAUCAUCAGGCAGCUCCCUCCCGGCGCCCCCUCCAUCACCCAGGGCUUGCCGGCUUCACGCUACAACACGGCGGCCGAUGCCCUGGCCGCCCUGGUGGACGCCGCCGCCUCGGCCCCGCAGAUGGAGGUGGCCAAGUCGAAAGAGGGCAAGCACGAGGCGGGCCGGAUCGAAGAGAACCCGGGCCGGCGGCCGGGGGUGGUGAGCGAACUGCAGCCGCCGCCACCGCAGCAGCAGCAGAUGGAGGCCAAGGUGCUGGAGGCGGAGAAGCGGGGGCCUCCUCUGGGCCCCUUCUCCUCCUCCUCCUCCUCCUCGGGCUACAGCGGCGGCAAGUCGGUCUACUCGGAUGCCGGGAAGGAGAAGGGCCCGCCUCCCGUCUCCAAGUACGAGGAGGAGCUGCGGACGCGCGGCAAGACCACCAUCACGGCCGCCAACUUCAUCGACGUCAUCAUCACGCGGCAGAUCGCCUCUGACAAGGACGCCCGGGACCGCGGCUCCCAGAGCUCGGACUCCUCCAGCAGCCUCUCCUCCUCCUCGCACCGCUACGAGCCCCCCCGAGAUGCCAUUGAGGUGAUCAGCCCUGCCAGCUCGCCUGUCCCGCCCCAGGAAAAGAUCCCGCCUUAUCAGCAGGAGGCUCCUAAAAUGAGCCAGCCAGAAAGAGACUGCAGCCGGCAGUACGAGGGGGCGAUCCACUCAUACCGGCCCCAGCAGGAUUCGCCUUCGCCGCAGCAGCCCCCGCCUCCGCCAUCCUCGCAGGCUGACGGGAUGGGACCUGUGCCACACACCACCCACCGCCUGAUCACGCUUGCCGAUCAUAUCUGUCAAAUCAUCACGCAAGAUUUUGCUCGCAGCCAAGCCUCCACGCAGCCGCCCCUCCAGACGCCCCCCAGCACAUUCCAGACCGCUGCUCCGACGUCCAUCGCCGCAGCAAGCCGGGCAAAGUCCAACCGCUACAGCCCGGAGGCGCCGCUGCAGCCCAGCCCCCACCAGCGCCCCGGUUCCCGGGUCUCCCCGGAAAACCUCUCCGACAAAGGCAGCAGGGGAAGGCUCGGCAAGUCCCCCGAGAGAAGCCACCUUGCUUCUGAGCCUUACGAGCCCAUCUCCCCGCCCCAGGCGCCAGCCGCCCACGAGAAGCAGGACAGCCUCUUGCUGCUCUCCCAAAGAGCGGAGCCUUCGGAACAAAGGACGGACUCCCGUUCUCCAGGCAGCAUCAACUACCUGCCCUCCUUCUUCACCAAGCUGGAGAAUACCUCGCCGAUGGUGAAGUCCAAGAAACAGGAGAUAUUUCGCAAGUUGAACUCCUGUGGUGGAGGCGACUCGGACAUGGCUGCUGCUCAGCCGGGGACAGAAAUAUUCAAUUUGCCAGCAGUCACUACCUCCGGUGCGGUCAGUGCACGAGGCCAUUCCUUUGCCGAUCCCGCCAGCAACCUGGGCCUGGAGGACAUCAUCCGCAAGGCGCUGAUGGGCAACUUUGACGACAAAGGGGAAGACCACAGCAUGGUCAUGAGCUUAGCGCCCGGCGGCCCCAACGCGGCACUGCCAGCGAGCGGCGAGGCCCGGAGGGAAGAGGCAAACCCCUCCCCCAAUCCGGGAGGGGGCAUGGGCAAGCAGAAAUUGAUGGGCAAAUCCGGCAGCCGGAAGUCCAAGUCGCCGAUCCCAGGGCAGGGCUACCUGGGUGCCGAGCGGCCUUCCUCUGUCUCGUCGGUGCAUUCGGAAGGAGACUACCACAGGCAGACGCCGGUGUGGUCGUGGGAAGACAGGCCCUCCUCGACAGGGUCCACGCAGUUCCCGUACAACCCCCUGACGAUGCGCAUGCUGAGCAGUACCCCUCCCACGUCGAUCACCUGUGCCCCGCCAGCCGCCAGCCAGGCCUCCUCUCACCAGUCCAGCCGAAUAUGGGAACGAGAGCCCGCCCCUCUGCUCUCGGCGCAGUACGAGACUCUUUCGGACAGCGACGAGUGAACUUGGGGAAGAGAGAGGAGGACCUUUUUAUAAAACGAAACAGAAAAAAAUUCGUUCAUUUUUGUGGGGUGGAAAGAAUGGUGUGUGUGUGUUUUAAAAAUAACGUGUGCCCUCAGACUUUCCAAGUGAGCAGGGGCCAUGGAAGAUGAAGAAGCAAAGGGGAAUCUGUGUGCAGAGCAAUCCCCGUCGGAAGAUUCCUCCCCUUCCCGCGCCAGCCACAGGCGGAAGGCCCAGCAGCCUGAAGAUAAAUAUGUAAAGAGUUAUUUUUAAAAGAGGACAUGUUCCUGAGCGACAUCUUAUUUGUAAAGAGAACCAUAACAUAAUGUCUUUUAAAAAAAAAAUCAUUCUUCUGUAAAUAGAGUAACUUUUUUCUGCUGUGUUCCCUGCCCCCUGCUAGAGUGUCUGGUGUACUUGUGUCCAAAUCAUUGCAUACUUUUGAGGGGGGUCAUUUUAUAUUAUUAUUUUUAAAAAGAAGCAUUUUCUCAAGUGCAGAACGUUCAUCAUCUUUUCAGCACAACCCGCCCAGGAUGCAUCUCCCACGCAUGCGCCCAUUGAAACACAUGGGGAGAGCGUUCUCGUGGGUGCUGUGCACAGGGCAUGCUUGCCUGAUCUGUGCAUCUCCGAGGCGGUGCUGUUCUCUUCCAUCUAACUCCAGGCACGUUUUCUUUUUCCCUUCUGUGGUUGCUCAAGACCUUGUGGAACUUUUUUUUAAACUGACCCCUUAAUGAAUCCUGUACAUUUUAAAACCAUCUCUGGUCUGCUGGGGGUAAUGGGAUCUUUCUUUUGGGUUUUUUUGGGGGGGGGAAUGAUUCUGCCACACUGUAAACCUGUUUUUCCAUACAGUCAGCUACAUUCAGCAACACUGUGAAAAUAAUAGUGCAUGGGUACAUAAUGGUGAAGUUUUGCCCUCUCUCUCUCUCUCAAACACACUCACACCUGUGUGCAUAGUGAUGUGGAAAACAAGCAGUUUUUGCUCUCGCACACUGAGCUGUUUCCAAGGUGUCCCAGCGAAGUAUCUUCCUUCUGCAUUGUCAGCUGCUGUUUUGAAAAGAGUUUGCUCUUCAGCAGGUCAUGGCAAAAUUGUUUCCCUGAACCGUGAGGCUCCGUGCAAACUUUCAAAAUGCAAUUGUCCUACUGAAUAUCAGUUUUUUCUCUCACUAGUUUGUACACCUUAUCACAGAAGGCUGCCCUGUCUGCUUUGCCCUCCCUGCAGCUGAGCUGAAAAUGGUGCGUUCUGCUCGCACUUACCCAAACAUUUCCUUGGUUUUUGUUCCUUUUUUUAAACCCUCAUGGAGUGGACACCGGUACGACUCACGGACCCUUUUAAAAUGACACCGGAAAGGAUUGGAUGCUGCUGUUCUGGAUUAGUCUCUGAGAGCUCUGCACUUGAGGGUGAGAGGGAAACCAAGCCAGAGGAACUUCUUUCAUAUGCUGUCACCUGGGGCAUUGGAAGCGAGGGCAGCCACUGGAUUUGCUUUCAGGAGGUGCAGCCCCUCCUCCAUCUUUUAGGAAGCGCUCAAGCUCCGCCUCUUACCCGUGUCUGUCUGCUAGUGGUGCUAGCAUUGUGGAGUAACUUCUGGGCUGAGCACGAGAAGUACGGAAACUGCAUCUGCUCCAAACGUCCUUUCUACCCCUUGUGAAAAGGAAACCGCUCCUCACGGGCCAGCCUCACGGUGGGCCCUGCCUCUAUGCAGAACUCUCUCUGCUAGCUGCACUGACCAGGUCUCAAAACGCAUGACAAGUGUUUGCUGCCCACACUCCGAAACGAGCCAGCGGCACUCGUAAAACUUGCCUCGGGCAUCCAGUUUGGACCUGUUUGGCCUUAGUGGUGGACUUUUUUUUUUUUUUUGAGGUUUUUUAGGUUCCCUGGCCUAAGUUGGGUGGUGGCUGGCUCACUGUACUAACAUCAAGUGUCACUUGGAGAAAGUGCCGCCUGAACCUUUGUCCCUGGAUGGCCCUGGCUUUGUUGUCGAGAGACCUCUGUAAAACUUUGAAACAAAGAUGCGUAGUGAAGAGCAACAGCGUUCUGCUCCGAGUGAGCGGUCUGCACAAGAGACAAAUUCAUUGGCCGUUUCUGCUGCCAAACCUAUUCUUGCCCGGCCCCCAUGGAUGUUACUGCUCAGUGGAUGCAAUUCUGGUUAUUGUAAAUGUUCAGGGUUGGUGUUUUUGUUUUUUAAUCCCUAAUGCUGCACUCAGAGCCAAAGUGGAGAUUUGUGAGAAAUUCCAAUAGGAAAAGGAAAAAGUCAUGGCUUAUUCUCAUGCGGGAAGGUAUCUGUUAAUCAUUGUAUCUGAAAUAACUGUAUGUGGUUUGGGUGGUUUUCUUUCUUUCUUUCUAAACUGCUUUCCGAUAAAAUGCAUUUCAGCUUGGUCUGUUCAGCCAUUCUCCUAUGCAGGUCUCGAGGCCGAGGGGAAGCUACGGAAACCCCCAGGCGCCAUGCAACCUUUGUGUUUUGUUCACACCCAUGUUUCAAGUAAGACGGUGACUCCUUCCCUUCAGACCAACCAAAAUAAAAAGGGGAUCAGUGCUCCGUGA